GUCGCUCAGCAGGCCUUUGGCGAUCAAGGAAACCAAGGGGGUCCACCGACGGCCAGGCGUAGACGAUGACCUCCGCUUCCAGCAGAUCGAGGAUGACCCGCGUGAUCUGCCGGGUGCUGCGAUUGGCAAGGCUCAGCUUGGCGCGAGGGGCAUCCCAGUUUCUGGGGGCAUGAACACCGUCUCUCUGGAUCCGGCAUCGACGUUUGUUGAGCCCGGUUUGCGGUGCAUCUGCAGCGUGGAAAGCGACGUGUAUUCGGGUACAAUUUGCCCUGAAGAUCUCGUUGUGGCCCCGGACUUCUUCGAGACUGCAACGGAUAUGCAGAUGUACGACAAGCUCUUGGUUGAGAUGCAAGAGACGACUGCGGAGAAGAGCGAGUCGGAGCAAGUGAUGGCUCGUAUUCGAGAGUACUUCCGGCUCGACCGCGAAAGCUGCACUAGCUGCCUCACCUGGCAUCAACAGAUGGGGGAGCCGGCAUUGACAGUCAAAGAUCCGGACUUCGAUGCCACGCAGGGUUCCGGCAAAUUCGAAGCUGUGGCGUUCGCUGUGUUUGGCGGCUCCUGUGAGCUACGCCUACAACGUCCAGGGAAUAAGCGGGACUAUGUGGCGAUCCCCUGCAUCAACGGUGCAUUGCAUCUGAUGGGCGCGGCGGCUUUGGCCAGAUGGCGCUGCGAACGCACCACCUGGGAUAACUGGGACAAUGGCCUUGUCUCCUUGAUCAUCCUGGGCCGGCCCUGGGGGAUGUCAAGGAGAAGACUAGCCGCAGUGCCGCCGAACCCGGUUCCACUGCAGAUCAACCUUGCCGACCCUCUUUAUCGUCCUACGAUGCGCAUCCGAGUCACACGCCAAGAUGUGGAUCGACUCAGCCACGAUGAUGUGAUUGUCAUGCCGGAGUUCUUUGGCCGUGCUAACGACUGGGAUGCAUACUACACGCUUUUGCGUGAGGUCCGUGAAGGGCAGGCCAAUGGCAUCGAUCAAACGAAGUGGGAGUCCUGGCAUGAAGGUGCCCACCUCCUGACCAAGAACCCAAGCUGUUCAAGGGCUUUCAACGACGUGCUGGACAGAAUCUGUGACCAUUUCAGCAUCGCGAACGGCCACUUGCGGCACUCGGCGAGCCGCGAGGUUCUGGGAAUGCGCUUCAACUGGUACAGGGACGGUUCGGACUGGAAACCUUUCCACCACGACGCGGCCGCCUUCAACCCGCGAAUGGCCGAAAAGCAGAACUGCACCGUGGGCGUGUCCUUCGGAUCUUCCAGGGAGCUGGCCUUCCGGAAUACCGCCACUGCCGAUUUGGUCUAUUUUCCACAGAGCAAUGGUAUGCUCUUCUUCUUUGGGCGAGACGUGAACAUCCGCUGGCA